AUGCCGAUGCUCAAGGAUCCCUCAAAAAAGUACAAGCCGUACAAGCCAUUGAACCUCCCCAACCGCCAAUGGCCUAACAAGACUAUUGAUAAGCCUCCCCGCUGGAUGGCCACUGAUCUGCGCGAUGGCAACCAGUCUCUGCCUGACCCAAUGGAUGGCGAGGCGAAGUAUAAGUUCUUCAAGAUGCUCGUGGAAAUUGGCUACAAGGAAAUCGAGGUCUCCUUCCCCUCAGCAUCUCAAACCGAUUUCGACUUCACGCGCCGCCUGGUUGAAGAGCCUGGCCUCACUCCCGACGAUGUUGCCCUGCAGGUUUUGGCUCCUUGUCGCGAGGACCUCAUCCGCCGAACUGUCGACUCCCUGAAGGGCGCGAAGAAGGCUAUCCUCCACAUCUACCUCGCCACUAGCCCUUGUUUCCGUCGCAUCGUCUUCAACAUGGAUCGCCAAAAGAGUCUGGAACUGGCCGUCAAGUGCACCAAGCUGGUACCGAGUGGCAAUUCGAGUUCUCCCCCCGAGACUUUCUCCGACACCGAGCCUGACUUCGCUGUCGAGGUCUGCCAGGCCGUCAAGGAGGCUUGGGAGCCUACUGCUGAGCAGCCUAUUAUCUUCAACUUGCCCGCCACAGUAGAGAUGUCUACCCCUAAUGUGUUCGCCGAUCAGGUCGAGUACUUCUGCACAAACAUGACUGAGCGCGAGAAGUUCGUCGUCUCAGUUCACCCCCACAACGAUCGUGGCUGCGCUGUUGCCGCCGCAGAGCUGGCUCAGAUGGCCGGUGCUGAUCGUGUAGAGGGUACUCUGUUCGGUAACGGAGAGCGUACCGGAAACGUUGACCUCGUCACCCUGGCUCUGAACCUGUACACACAAGGUGUCUCACCCAAGGUCGACUUCUCAGAUAUCAACUCUGUCAUCAAGGUGGUAGAGGAGAGCAACAAGAUUCCCGUGAACGAGCGCUGGCCUUAUGGUGGACAUCUGGUCGUCUGCGCCUUCUCAGGCAGUCACCAGGAUGCAAUUAAGAAGGGCUUCAAGCUCCGCGAGGAUGCCGAAGCCGCCGGCGAAGAACCCGAAUGGGAGGUCCCCUACCUGCCUCUGGACCCACAAGAUAUCGGCCGUACAUACGAGGCCGUUAUCCGAGUCAACUCCCAGAGUGGAAAGGGUGGUGCCGCCUGGGUUAUUCUGCGCAGCUUGGAGCUGGAUCUCCCUCGCGCUUUGCAGGUCGAGUUCAGCAAGCUCGUGCAGGUCAAGACCGAGGCCGUCAACCGCGAGUUGAAGCCUACUGAGAUCACCGAUCUCUUCGAAGAGGCCUACCACCUCAAGUCAAACCCCCGAUUCAACCUUGUCGACUACAGCAUCACAACCGACCGCUCGCAGUCACCUGCUCCCCCUCAGCCUGGAAAGGCUCUCAACACUAAGAACCUCAAGCGUCGCUUCACCGGUGUUAUCGAGAUUGAUAACGCCCAGCACGCCAUCACCGGUGUCGGACCUGGUGCUAUCUCCUCCCUGGCCACUGCCCUGUCCUCCCUGGGUAUCGACCUUGAUGUCCGCGACUACAAGGAGCACUCUAUUGGCCGCGGUCGUGAUGUCAAGGCCGCCACCUACAUUCAGUGCACAGCCGCUGGCAGCAGCGAGCAGGUGUGGGGUGUUGGUAUCCACCAGGAUGUUGUCCAGGCUUCUUUGAUUGCGCUGCUCAGCGCCGCCAGCUCUUUCCUUGCUUCCCGCGCUGGCUCUCCUGCUCCUUUCCGCCCCAUUCGCUCAAACACCCUCACUAACGAGGACCUGCAGGCCCUUGAACAGCUGAACGGCGAGGCUGCCACUUCUAGUGGUGGUCUGAGCACCAAGGUCAACGUCGAGCAGCCGACGAAAUAA